UACACGCGAGAGAGAAUUCUGAUAGGCGACUUCCGGCGAUUCCUUGGCGAUUUCUUGGCGAAUCCGACGAUUUCCUCUCGUUUUCCGAUUAGAUGGAGACUUCAAGUUCUAGUGGGCAAUUAUUAUAUGGACCCGAAGACCCGUCCUUGCUAAAUUUGCAGAAACAUCACAUUUCACAUAAACUCAUGAAAGAGGGCACAACCCAAGUAUUUAAAGUCCGAAGGACAGAAAGCAAGACUUGGGACGUUGAAAUUCACGAGAAUGUUAGAUAUUGGCUUGACGUCUUUGGUUUCAAAGGCGUGAUCGAUUGUGGGAAGCCCAUGAAGGUGGACAACGAGCUGAUCACGGCGUUGAUUGAGCGUUGGAGACCGGAGACGCACACUUUCCAUCUACCGAUCGGUGAGGUGACGAUCACCUUGGAAGAUGUGCAAGCCAUUUGGGGCUUGAGGGCGGAUGGUCGCGUUUUCACAGGGCGUGACUAUCAUGACAACUUUCCAGACUGGACCAGCAAGUGCCGCGAUCUGUUGGGAUGGAUACCAGAUACUUCCACAGAGACAAAGCAAGGCGGUUUGCUGAUGACCGCACUGAUCAACCAGACAAGGAUGCCUCUGGGUGAUGACCUACCUAUGUACGUAUACAUUCAAAGGGCACGUAUCCAUGCCCUAAUUUUAUUAGGAGGUCUCAUUCUACCGGACACCACGGGGUGUAAGGUGCCAUUUAUGUGGUUGAAUGGGCUUGGGGAUCCAGAAGAGGUGAAGAAUAUUAGUUGGGGAAGUGCGGCAUUGGCCUACCUUUAUCAUUAUCUGUGCGAGGCUUCCAUGGAUAAGAGAAAAGAGUUGGGCGGGCCUAUGAUGCUUCUGCAGCUAUGGGCGUGGGAAAGAAUGCCCACAUUGAGGCCUGCGUUCAUUGGACCAGUUGUGCACGAGCCAUAUACACCAUGUGGCGCCAGGUGGAAAGGAACAACGCAGAUAGGAAAUGCUCCUAGACACUCGGUUGAGCAUUAUCGUGACCAAAUAUCUCUGAUUAGAACUGGCCAGUUUAUCUGGACGCCAUACGCACAUUGCAUACUGCCUGACUACUGCAAUGAUGUGACUGGAUGCUCUCUGUGCGAGACCUACUUGGUAUGUUGGGCCUAUGUCGAGGCCCAUGAGCCUGGACGAGUGCGACGACAGUUCAAUCGGUAUCAGGAUAUACCGCAGAAUGUAGACAGGAUGCUAAGGAACGCCGAUCAUUUAGGCAAAAAUGAUCGGCGUGGUAAGAAGGGCAACAACUGGGCAAACACGCAUCAGUUCUACAUUGGGGAGUGGGACAUGAGGUACGAAAGGUUCCAAGCUGCCGAAUACGCCGCACCAAUGUCUUUGGAUAUUCCCAUGAGCCCGAGUUAUAUGGCGUGGUAUAACAGAAUUACCGUGACGUACAUGACUCGGCCUGGGGCACGGGCCACUGCUGGGAUGAAUGAGUCGGCUGCUUCGAUGCGACUAUUUAUUGUUUCUUAUUGA